AGCUAAAUUGCCAUACAUGUUUAAUGCUUUUCGACCUGUCCGCAAAUUAAUAGAAUUGGUUCAGAGUUUAUUGUGAUAUUUCAACCUGCGUCUGGUGUGGGGGGACAAAAUCAACAUAGGCGCGGUCUGGGUAGUAUGUUAAGGGUUCAAUUAACACAAAAAAAGCACAUUUUGCUUUCAUGAAUUUUUACGAUAUAGGCAUUGUGGCUUUGUUACCAAGUGGAUACUGGUUAAAGCGGCCAUAUUCCCUCGCGCUUGUUCCGGUGUCACGCCCCCCCCCAGCGAGAGAGAGAUAGAGAGAGAGAGAGAGAAUGCAAGAAUACUUUUGCUAAUAAUGGAUUUGACAAUUGAAACAUUUAUUCCGAGGCGCUCUCACGGAAAUAAACACUGUACGUAAAGUCCGGACAGCGGGACUGCAGUGCAGCAUUUGAAACGACCUUAUUCGAAUCACGCAAUCGGGAAGACGGGAGGUGAUUUCCGUGGAUUUUGAGUUGUGUGCUGUGGAUCGUUCAGUUGCGGAGGUAACGUUACAGGAUUAGCUAUCUAGGCUAGCAGGCUCCAGCCCGAAAGCCGGAAUCUACAAUACAGUACAUGGGCUAACAUUAAUCAACAACAGCGUUUUUAUUUUUGCACUAGUUACCUUUUUAGGAAAGGUGGUCAUGUUUUAGUUAACUAUGGGAAUUGGAGGAUAACGACGUUGUGGUGUUUAUUUUAUCAAUGUUGGAUAGCUAGCUAUCCGGAAAGCUUAGUUUUUUUAAUACAACGUCAACGAAGGUAUCGGCGGAGCGAGGGGCUAACGUGAGCUACUUGGCUUGAAGAUUUAGUCCUCGGAUUUGAAUAACACUUCCAUUCCUGAGAGCGAGAUUUGAGCUAUCUUUUCCUUCAAUGACUGCUAGCUGUCUAGCGAGUUUAUUAGCUAACGUUAGCCUUGCCAUUGAUAACAUUAGCCUAGAAUUUGUGCUUUUUCAAAUGUAGCCGAUAGCCAACGUUAGCAUACUAGUUGGACCUUGUCUAAAACGUAACUAUUUAUUAACGUUAACUAGCUAGACAUGAUACAUAUUUGCUAACGUUAGCUAGCUAAUUAGGUAGAAACCUAAUUUAUGCUGUCGGCAAACAUUUUUUAUCAUUAACUUUACCCAGUGAGUUCAAACGGCUGAACAACUUUGGACCCUCUAUUUUUUCAUUUGGUGACAUGGGACACGUACUUGUAAGCUAGCUGGCUGGCGAGCUAAUUUAGUAAUCAACUUGUUGAUCACACAGACUGUGUGGCUAGCUACGGAACAUUUUCCAACUUGGACGCACGUCGGGUUUUACCACUGCUAAAUAAACACACGACCCUGAAAGGAUUUGUAUCUGUUUUUCUCCUGACCCCUAUUUUUUUCAAAAUCACCGAAAAUGUCGACCAGGACGCCAUUGUUGGCCGUUAUUGAAAAUUCGUCUGGUGGCCAGGACACCAAGACGGGGGGCCGUCCCAGCAUGCCGCGGUGUCGGAACUCGGUUGCCACGACAGCGGAGGAGACUCCUCACAUUGGUAACUACCGGUUACUAAAGACCAUCGGCAAGGGCAACUUCGCUAAGGUCAAGCUGGCACGCCAUGUCCUCACCGGGACAGAGGUGGCUGUGAAGAUUAUUGAUAAGACCCAACUCAACUCUUCCAGUCUGCAGAAGCUCUUCCGGGAAGUGAGAAUCAUGAAGCUGUUGAAUCAUCCUAACAUAGUGAAGUUAUUUGAGGUGAUAGAGACGGAGAAGACAUUGUAUCUGGUCAUGGAGUAUGCCAGUGGAGGGGAGGUGUUUGAUUACCUGGUCGCUCAUGGGAGGAUGAAAGAAAAGGAGGCACGUGCCAAAUUCAGACAGAUUGUGUCAGCGGUCCAGUACUGUCACCAGAAGUGUAUUGUCCACAGAGAUCUAAAGGCUGAGAACCUACUCCUGGACGCUGACAUGAACAUCAAGAUUGCAGACUUUGGCUUUAGUAAUGAGUUUGUAAUGGGCAGUAAGCUGGACACGUUCUGCGGUUCCCCUCCCUACGCCGCUCCAGAGCUGUUCCAGGGGAAGAAGUACGACGGACCAGAGGUGGAUGUCUGGAGUCUGGGGGUUAUACUGUAUACACUGGUUUCAGGGUCGCUGCCCUUCGAUGGACAGAACCUCAAGGAGUUGAGAGAGCGUGUGUUAAGGGGGAAAUACCGUAUUCCGUUCUACAUGUCUACAGACUGUGAGAACCUACUGAAGAAGUUCCUGAUUCUCAACCCCACCAAGAGAGGCAGCCUGGAGCAGAUAAUGAAAGAUAGAUGGAUGAAUGUGGGACAUGAAGAGGAGGAGUUGAGACCUUACAUAGAACCCAUGCCUGACUACAAGGACCCUAAGAGGACAGAGAUCAUGAUUCAGAUGGGUUACACCAUGGAGGAGGUGCAGGACUCGCUGGUCAACCAGAAAUACAACGAAGUCAUGGCCACAUACCUACUACUGGACUACACCAACCACGAGCUGGAUGAGGGUGUCAUUAAGCCCCGUCUAGGAAGUGACCUCACCAACAGUAACGCACCUUCACCGCCCAACAAGGUACAGCGCAGCAUAUCGUCCAACCAGAAACCUCGCAGACCCACCGACCAGGGGUCUUCUGCCAAGGGGCGUGGUCAGGGGGAUAACAUGGAGGAUUCUGGGAGGAAAGGAUCGGGCAGCUCGGUCAAAGUUCCAGCCAGUCAGCUAGUCUCCGACCGCAAGAAGAGUGCCACACCCUCUACCAAUAGCAUCUUGUCGACUGGUACAGGUCGCAGCAGAAAUUCUCCUCUCACUGAGAGAGCUACGCUGGGCCAGGGGGUACAGAACGGCAAGGACAGCGCUCCCCCCCAGAGGCCACCUGGCACAUCCCCCUCAGCCCACAACAUCAGCAGUGCCACGGUGACGGACCGUACCAACUUCUCCCGGGGGGUGGCCAUCCGCAGCACUUUCCACGCAGGACAGCAGAGAGGUGACAGGGACCAGCAGGGUUAUCCCUACAGUGUUGCUCCAGCCUCCCCCUCCCUCAGCCACGGGAACAGCCAGGCCAGGAGACCCGGGGCCACAGGCAUCUUCUCCAAGUUCACCUCCAAGUUUGUACGCAGGUCGAUGCUGAGCAGCGCUGUUGACAAAUCAGAGAAGAGCGGCGUCCUAGGAUCCUCCCACAGCGGUGGCGGAGACGAGAACAAAGAUAACUCCUCCCCCGUUUCCGGCACCCCGUCCUCGAAGGACCUGUCGACCAAACCACGUUCCCUCCGGUUCACCUGGUCGAUGAAGACCACGUCCUCCAUGGAACCCGGGGAGAUGAUGCAAGAGAUCCGGAAGGUUCUAGAUUCCAACAGCUGUGAGUACGAGCUCCGGGAGCGCUACAUGCUGCUCUGCGUCUCGGGGAACCCUGCCCGCGAUGACUUCGUCCAAUGGGAGAUGGAGGUGUGCAAGCUGCCCCGCCUCUCGCUGAACGGCGUGCGGUUCAAGAGGAUCUCCGGGACGUCGAUCGUGUUUAAAAACAUUGCGUCAAAGAUUGCCAACGAGCUCAAACUGUGAGACGCAGGGAUGGAUGGAUGGAGGGAGGGGGAGAGAUGGGGGGGUUUACAUAUAUGCCGGAAGAGAGGAAUGGGGGAAGAAAGGAGAGGAAAGCAAGGAAGGAAGGAAGAACUCGUGGGAAGUCUGAUCAUAAGGAAGAGAGGAGAAGAACUAUAUGUAUUGGUGCUGGAGGGGGGAGUUUGGGACCUGAAUGGGUUUGAGGGGUCAAUGUUAGAGAAUAUUUUAAAGACUUUAGAUGACGAGAUUGUUCUCUUCUGUUAGGAGGGAAGGAAAUGGGGAUAAUUCUACCUAGUUCUUUCUUUUUCUCUGUUGAGGUUUGUGUUUUAGAACCUUUUGAACGUUCUCUAGCUGGUGUCUUCUUGGGUUCUCUUGUUCUAUAUCCACUGCAUGUUGGUUCUGCUGUUCUACUCCUUUCAUUCCACACUGGUGGUUAUGCACACUCUACACACACACACUGUUCUGAGAGGAGAGGUAGGGGAGGAGAGGAAGAAAGGGAGAGCAGAGGCCUAAGACUGACCUUCACUCUUCUCCCCUCUGUUCUACUACAGUGGGUUCUAGACUGAGUUCUAGAGUGAAGUGAACAGAGCGGACUUACUGGAUUCUGGAAAUAAAAUAACUCAACACUGGAACUGUUCUCCUGUUCUGGGUUCUGUUGUUCUCUGACCCAAAUGGACUACCUGGAACCUGUACUGUGGAUCAUAUUCACACACUCACUGGCCUUUUGGUUUAGUGGAUGGACAGACUCUUUGUGCAGCACAACGCUGAGCUGAGCCAUGUAUUUCUCUGCCUGUUUGAUGUGAGGGGAGACAGUCAACACCCCAGACAACACUCUGUUUUAACACACACACGCUAAACCAGACUCCAACAGUGGAGGCUGGUGGGAGGAGCUAUAGGAGGACGGGCUC